CUUAAGUUGGUAACGAUUGACAUUUAAAAUUUGACAUUUAUUGUGAAGGUGUUUAGUUAAAUGGGUGAUUAAAAUUAUCAAUAGCCUUUUUAUUGUUAAUUGGAGAUAAAUUUUGUUUGGUUGAGCAUCACAAGAAUUCAACAAUGUUUCCCAAACGUUUCAAAUUGGGGUCAGCUCGCAAUAACGAAUGGAGGUGUUGUUUUUGUUUGCAUGUCCGUACGGCAACAAUUUUGCUCGGAAUCUGGCAUUUAAUAUUGCACAUAUUGGCACUUGCCGUUUUGGCACUGCUAAUGCGCAACCAUAAUGUGAUUAUGCAACAUAAUGCAGAAUUUGAACAGAGCAAUUUUUUGCCAACUCCUUUGAGCAAAAAGGUCAAGGAUGAGGACAACCCCUAUUAUCUCCCCACAACGCAAGAUGGGCGCACUAUCUACUCAUCGGACAUCGAUAUGGGCGCUUUGAUGACCGUGUGCACCCUUUCUAUAACUUUAUUGAUGGUAUAUGGGACGAUACGGGGGAAAGCCACCCAUUUACUUCCUUUCUUCUGUUUGCAAUUAUUCGAUUUUGCAAUUACGACUCUCACAGCCACCGGCUACUUCUGUUAUUUGCGCUCGGUCCACCGCCUUGUCGCCGAGCAUUGGCACAACCUCCCCUUCCGAAACGAGCUCCUCAAACUCAGUCCCCAAUACCUCUCCCUCCUCGUCCUCGCCGCCUUCCUAAUCUCCAUGCUGUGGAAAGCCUACUGCAUUGGCAUAGUCUGGCGUUGCUACAAAUACCUGACUCUGCGACAACAGUCCCGCAACAACACCAUCCAUUACAUCCUCCCAACUGAGGGUUCAGAUCGGUUACCAGAACCGGACUAUUCCACUUUAUUACGAGAACAGGAGGCGGCGUUCGGUGGGGCGAUGAAAAUGACGCCGCCUCCGUCCUAUCAGGACAUCAUGGAGGAUCAGCCGCCCCCAUAUCCGGCCGUUUUGGUCAAUGAAGUGCAUAGUCCGGGGAGGUACACGGUUGAGGAGGCACAGCCCCAGGAAGUUGUCGCGGAGGCCAGCAACGAGGUCCGAGAGGGAGAGAAGAAGGAGGAGGAGGGUAAUAGUAAAUAAAUGAUUAUUGAUGUAGUAGUUAUUACGAAGUGUGCACUUCUUUCAAUUCUCAAUAAAUCGAUUUUUCGUGUCAACAUUCCACAGAGUAGAAGCACUUAGAAACAAAUCGAAAAAAAUGUGUAUUUUAGAUUCAAAAAUUGAAUGUUUCCUGAUUAAUAACGAGUUUAUGUAACAUAUCUUAUGCUAAUUAUUAAGGUUUUGAGAGUGUACUCUUCAAUAUUUGAUGUAUAGCCGUUUUUAUUUAUUUUAAAGUUGACUGAACUUUAGAAAUGCUUUAAUUUUUUAUAUGUGAGGAAUUUGGAGGAAGGGCUAAAAUUUAGGCCUCAUUUCGGUUGAUUGGAGCCAUCCAUGAGUAGGUUGUUCAGUAUCUAUACAAAUAUGUACUUUGAAAGUAAAUAUAGCUCAAAAAAUUUAA